AGUUAUAAAUGAGUUGAUGUCAAGAACCUUCAGUUUGAGAAGACAGGACAUUGUAGGUCAAGCCCCAAGUGUUGCAGAUCUUCUGGAGAGAUGGCCUGCCCUCUUUGAACCAUCACAGAUCUGUGAAGAGUUCCUGAGAAUCAAUGGCAUAUCACUUGAGUCGACAUUUAUGUCACAGUUGGACAGGCAAACUCCAAAGCUGUUGUCACUUUUCAACGCAAAAGGAGGAGCCGUUGGUCAAAGAAUCAAGUCCCAAAUGAUGACCCUCAUCCAGGAUCCAUCUGCCUCUGUGGAGAAAAGGAGAGAAGUGGUCCUGAGAUGCCUGAUUGAGUACAUGGGGGAGAGACAGGAAGACCUCAUCAGUGUCCACCACAAUCGUGCUGAAACAGAGGUGCACGCUGAGCUUGGCAGUUGCCCACUGAAAAUUUACAUGUGCCAUCAUCCCGACACGAUUGGUAUUAUGAUUGAAGGACAGCCCGUGGUCAGAGGUGUGCCAAACCUGUCUAAAGCAUGCUGCCUCCUGUUAGGUCUCACCUAUGCUCUCGAUCUCAAGUAUCCCUCAAAACUCGUCUAUACCUUUGAGAUAUAUCAGAGGCUUUUUGUGGGAUUGGACCCCAUGCGUCCUAAACCAUCAUCCAAGUAUGCUAAUCUCCUCACUAAGUUGUCCUAGAUGACUUCUCAAUGGCAUGUGCCAUUGUUUGCCAUAAGUUGAAAAAAUUGUCACUUUGUCAAUCACUUUGUUUGGUGAAUUUAUUUUGAAUUAUUUGAAUUAUUCAACUUUUGACAUUCCAGGGACACUUUUAUUUAUUUAUUUUUUUUGGAUAUAGGCUCAUUUUACAUGCUCAUUUUACUAAGCAAACGAGUUUUACCGUUUUCGAAUCCAUUCGGCCGAACUCCGGGUCUGGGGGUGCCAAAAGUGGCAACCCCAGACCCGGAGAUCGGCUGAAUGGUUUCGAAAACGGUAAAACUCAAACUGUUUAACUCUGGGGCAGUUGUAAAAUGAGCCUAACUGAAGUGUUUCUUUAAGACUCAUUUGACGGGUACAAGUUCCUCAGGAUUUUUUCUUUUGUGUUCAUUGUUCAGUGCCUUAAUUAAUGUGGACUUUGGACUGUUAUCUGUGCCGAUCAUUACCUCAUGGGGUAUAUUCUCAACAGUUGUCUGCACAAUUUUGUUUAAAAUAUAGAAAUAGUGUAAUAAUUUUUGACAUUGCAGUUCCAAUGUGAUAUAAUGUGAUGUUAUGGCUCACAUUUACAUUUAACCAAACAUUGCAGAUUGGGCAUUUUGGAUAUUUCAUUGUACUGUUCAGAACAGGUUAAAACAGUUAAAACAGACUUAUACAGUGUUUGUUUUAUACUAUACUGUGCAGCCACAUAUAUUUGCUGUUUUGUAGUCACUGUUAACAGUAACACUGGUUAACCUUGAAUAAAUGUUAU